UCCUGCAUUUCAGGAUUGUCCUUAGAAGCGGAAGUAUCCAGAUUUUUUUUUCGAGAGUCUUUAAAACCGUCGUGAUUUACCUGUGCUGAAACAAUGAAAUUUUCACAAGUUUUCAUUUUGCUUUGCGCGUUGUUUGCAAUGUCGUUCGCUGUGCCGUUGGCUAGCAAUGAUGGCAAAGAGGUUCAAGACAAGAGGUUCGUCGGAGCUUGGCUGAUAAAAAAAGCAUUGUCGAAAGGAAUAUCCGUAUUAUUGUCACAAGUGUGUAAACUUAACUCAUUGUCUUCCAAUGUGCAAAGCAUAUGCGGGUGUGCCACGGCAGUUGGUGGGUUUGUCGGUGAUGAAGAGUCUGAGAUUCAACAGCGAUGGUUCAUGAGUAUGGAUUCGAUCAAGCAACAACUUGGUGACUUUUGCAAUAACAAAUAUGCGAGAUUUGUAAUUGGUAAUUUGUGUGAUAAUUGUAUCAAACCCUAUAUCUAAAGAGAAGGAUUUGGACGGAUGAAAAUGUGAGAAUUACAAGCAAAUAAAAGAGAAAUAUAGUUGUUUUAGUGACUUGUAAUGGUAAAAAUGAGUGAAUAAAUAAAAGUAUUACCUGCAUCAA